CGGCCUCUCUGCCGGGCCGCCCUUCGCGGUGCCGGUGGGCAUUGGGUCAGGCGCGGCGCGGGCAGCCCGCGCGGGUCCUGCCGGCGCGGCUAUAGGCGGCGGGCGCGGAGCCUCCUCCUCUUUUCUCGCUCGGCAGCCGCGCGGAGAGGAUGGGGAAGUGCCGAGGCCUCCGCACCGCUCGCAAGCUGCGCAGCCACCGCCGGGACCAGAAGUGGCACGACAAGCAGUACAAGAAGGCGCACCUGGGCACGGCGCUGAAGGCCAACCCCUUCGGGGGCGCUUCCCACGCCAAGGGCAUCGUCCUGGAGAAAGUGGGGGUGGAAGCCAAGCAGCCCAACUCUGCCAUCAGGAAAUGUGUCAGGGUGCAGCUCAUUAAGAACGGCAAGAAAAUCACAGCUUUCGUCCCCAACGAUGGCUGCCUGAACUUCAUCGAGGAGAACGACGAGGUGCUGGUGGCCGGCUUUGGGCGCAAGGGCCACGCCGUGGGGGACAUCCCAGGCGUGCGUUUCAAGGUGGUCAAGGUGGCCAACGUGUCCCUGCUGGCCCUCUACAAGGGCAAGAAGGAGAGACCCAGGUCGUAAAGGCUCACCGGUCUGACAAGAACACCAAUAAAAUCUUUGGUUUUAAAGGA